CAUGACGACUUUGUCUGUAGACAAGCGAAGCAAGCAAACCCUGUACUAGCCAGACAACUAACUGUCACUCCUUGAAUACAGUGCCAGUUCCAUUCCUGAGACAAGCAGCUUAUAAUGAAAGCAKUGAUUUGGUGUUCGUUAUUUAUUGUGAUCCUUCAGCAAGUGGACGGAAGCCCAUGGGUCUUCGAAGAAAUCAAGCCAAUAUCAGCUUCAGAAAGCGUGAAAAAGUCUUCGGUACCAGAAAAACCUGUGCAGGAAAUAGACCCAUCGAAAACACUUGUACAUAUCAAAGAAGAUAUUCGUAGUGAUAUUCUAGGAAACAAUGGCACAACCUUCAAAUACAAAGAAGGAGUCAAAAAGCUUCUCGAUUUUUUAGGUUCAGGAUCAGCAAAUGACGAUAAGUUAAAAAACAAGAACAAUGACACUACAACACAGGAUGACCAGCAUAAACAAGAUCAUCAAGCUGACGAUGGCGUUGCAAAAAUACUUCUUCAGUUUGACAAAGGCCAUACAAACGACCAAAUCCCCUCAAACGUUAAUGCUUCCCAAGUUAAACAACCUAAGUUACUUAGCAACRCUGUCUCAAGUCUUGUAAGUAAUGACGGCCUUGUAACCAAGACAACGCAAAGUUACCWACCAAAGCUACCAGUUGCGGUGCGAAGUCAAACRCCAUUGGUUUCAUCUACAAAUACAGCACAGAUAYCCUCUCUGCAACAACAACAAAAUGUGUUCACCAAAAACAAAAUKCCAUAUUUCGGCAUCAAGAACGACGUUGCAAUGGCGGCACAACUUGCCAGACAAAAGGUUUUAAGAAAAAGCUACAUUCCUUAUUCGUCGGUUCCCAAAUAUCAACCAUACCACCCAUAUAUGGCAUAUAAGAAGUCAUCUUUACCAUAUGGAUGGUACAAUACAAACAGUAACAUCGCUACUCAACAACAGCAGGUCAGCCCGCAUUAUCCAUAUCAACAAAUAAGUCCGCUAAUCAYGCGGUCRAAGGUUCCCAAUUUAUUAUAUAGAAACCCGUAUUCGACGUACACMAAGAGCUACAUUCCUAAACCUAAUCCAAGCCUAUAUAGGCURCCGACUUUCAAAAAGGCAGCUCAACUCAGCAAACCACCUGCUCUCAUGCGGUUUUCAACCAUAAAUAAUGCGCGCGCACCAAUUUUUCAACAUGCUCAAAUUGCGCAUGUUCCGUUAUACCGACAGCCAAUGCAGUGGAAUAGUGUACCACAUGGYUUGGAGUAUGGUAGACCCAGAUAUCGACGCAUGGCAGUUACWAAUCGCGGUCGAAAAUAUGACGGACUUCAAUCUCCGCGUGAAAAGGUGGCACAAAAAACUCCACUACCUCUCCCACUGGCAUCGAUUAUGACAGCAGCGAGAAUUGUGGUUCCUGCUCGUCCWAAUACACUCAACGGAGCAUCAAAGUCGAAUGUUGAAACAAUACAACCCGAUAAUGCUGAGCAACCGAAUGCACGCGCAGUGUAGUCAGUCAGCUGAUAGUAUCUACAAUUACAGCCUGAUCUAUAGACAGAAUCAUUUUCAAAGAAGUUAGUAUUUCAUGUGUACUGUAUUACUAAAAAACUCAAUAGCUGGGUAUUGAUGAGUAGCAGUUGAUAGCAAAUUUUCACGAGCUUUUUUUUCAAAAUAACAGAAAUCCGAAUAUAAUUAAUUUUGCUAAAUACUUUACUUACAAYAGACCUUUUUUAAGGGUUGAGUGGUGACUUGCGGUUUUGCAGUUAUAAGCGAGGCAGAAUCGGGCAACAAAAUCAAGUGCUGUGCYUUUAGAGCUUGUUAAUGUUACUAAAAAACAAUUUCUGUUGUUUCGCAUUCUUGUUCAUUUAAGAGGUAAACGUGUUGCCCGAUUUUUCCUCGCUUUGGUUUUAACCGUGGAAAGGACCAUUCAAAGAGCCUUGAUAAUUGGAUCAAGAUGAUCAUGACCACGAAACGGCGCAUAAUUGCAUYACUUUUAUGGGUCAGUUUCUCUUUAAGGAUUUUUUAUGACUAAUUAGUUUAUAUUAGACAUCUUUCAUAAAUAAUGCAUGAUAUUUUAUAGAUAAACAACAAUUACGAGGGCUCAUAACACGACAAUUUUGCUUUCUGUAACUAUCAGGCUUUUGAAUCGACUCUUGCACCAAGCAACUCGGGGAAAAAAACCGUCGUGAGCUACCUUAACAGAUCUCAAAAUUUAGAUAUGAAUAUAACAAAUAAAUCAUGUUUUAUUUGUACUCAGAGAGUGUGUAAUUUACAUUAUAAUGCAUGUGAUSCCUUCUCUUAAAGCCAAAUUUCGUAGUUCAUUAUAUUUGGUGAGGCACAA